GAACCUCAGACAGCUGAAAGGAAGACGUCUCAUUUCAGGAUGAGUGACUCUAUGAAGACUCAGCUGGUGAGCUCCAUCCAUCUGCAGGAGGUGGAACUGCAGGAGAAACCUGCCGACGACAAGCAGGACAGCAACAAUAGCAACAAUGCAGAUAAAACGUUUACAGUGGAGGAUGCCGUGGAGAAAAUCGGCUUUGGGCGUUUUCACAUUCUGCUGUUUGUCAUCAUGGGCAGCUCCAAUAUAUUCUGGAUGCUGGGCUCCAUGCUUAUCAUCAUUCUGGGUAUGCUGGUGGUUCCAACUUUGGGCUGGAGGUGGAUGAUUCGGAUCUCUGUCACGCCCAGUAUCAUCCUCAUCUUCCUCUUUAAGUUUAUUCCUGAGUCGGCUCGUUACAACGUAUCAGCAGGAAAGACUGAUGCUGCCAUGAAAACGCUGCACUGGAUUGCUAAAAUGAACCGAGCUUCUCUUCCGCCAGGACGACUCGUGGAGCCCGUUACGAGCGAAAGAGGCAGCUGGAGAAUUCUGCUCAGCCCAUCAUUCAGGAGGACAUCUGUACUGCUCUGGUACACAUGGUUUGUGGCAUCGUUUAUAUACUACGGCUCAGUACUGAGCAGUUCGGAGCUGUUGGAGAAGAACCUGUUGUGUGUGAUCAAUGCUGACAAAGAGCAUCAGGUCAAACAUCGCCAUGAGGAUGGACUGUGUUACUGCAUCCCCUUUGGUUACAGUGACUACCAGACUCUGCUUAUCAGCUGCCUCGGAGAGGUUGCAUUGGUCCCAGCAAACAUCGCUCUGCUCAACGUGUUUGGACGCAAGAUGACUCUGACCGUGCUGCAGCUGUUAGCAGCCUUUUUCUUUAUGAUACUCAACAUUUGCUCCACUAUGUUUGGCUUCACGGUGCUGCUGUUUCUGCUGCGGUCUCUGGUCUCCAUGAACUUUAAUGUGGUUUACAUCUACACAGCAGAGGUGUACCCCACGGUGGCGCGCUCUCUGGGGAUGGGUUUCUGUACGUCGUUCAGUCGCAUCGGAGGAAUGAUCGCUCCGUUCAUUGCUCAGGUGCUGAUGUCUCAGUCGGUGAUUCUGGCUCUCUGUCCGUUCGCUGUGGCCUGUGUGCUCUGCGCUCUAGGAAACUUCCUGAUGCCAAUAGAAACCAAAGGACGAGCUCUGCUGCAAAACUCCUGAUGGUGUCUCAGAACAAACUGCUGCUCUUUGUUAUUUCAUUUUGGUUACAUGUGUAAAGACUUUAAAUAUGAUACUGACCUCAGGUGUUGCUGUGACUUCAUUAACAGCUCAAAGGGAAUGAAUGUUUGUUAGCAUCAGUGAAGAAAAUCUUACAUUGUUCAGGUUGUCAGGCCAGUUCUGAGCUGUUUCUCUGGUUUUUGUAGGAUUAUCUUUCACCUCCUCCUGCACUUCACAUAAAUCAGCUGUGACUUUAUGCUUAAAAGAUUCAACAAUAUAACAAUGUAACAUUAUUUCUGGCUCUUUGUAUGCAAAGAAUAAUAAUUACCGUAUAUUUUAUAAACAUAUCCAGAAGGUACAGGUACAGUAGGCUCUAACAGUAAUUCUGUAUGCUCAUUAAUAAACUCCAACUAUUGAACAAAGUGUUUGUGUGAGAUAGUCUACCUGUGGAUGUUUUUUUUUCCUUCAUGCUACAGAUGUCAUGUUUUACUUUGAUCAUAUAAAACUCUGAAUUUAAUGAGAACAUCCUGUGAGUGCAGUGUAAAUGAACUUCCUCUGGCUCUCAUGUUUAGUAUGAGUCUUUCUCUAUUCUCAAGUACGGGAGUGCAUCACAGGUCAGGCUAACAUGACCGGGCUGGAUACAAUAAAAUUAUAUCUAAACAUU